CGCGCAGUUCAAGCAGUGCUGCGGACAUCGGCCGCGUGGCUAGAACCUGUGCUAGUUAAGUGUUCGAAGCGCCUCAUGUCUGCCGUUGUUGGGGACCGUGUUAAUUCAGAGUACACAACUUGAUGCAUGGUUUCGAAUUUUAAAACAAUUUUGUAAAAGGCAGCUGCCAUAGUAAAUGUAGUGCGCUCUUGCGUGCGUUUGGUGUACUAUAGUUAUCACAAUGGCUUCCGUAAAAGACACAGCAACUUUCUUCGCUAAGGGAACUUCAAAUCAGUUUGCACAUGUUUUGAAGCUCUACCCGGAAGCUUUGAAGGCAAAGGCGGAUAGUAAAAACAAAAAACCUGAAGAGAUGAUAAAAUUGGAUAACUGGUAUCAGAAUGAACUCCCAAAGAAGCUGAAGGCAAGAGGAAAGGACACUUACCUUAUCCAUGAAGAAUUGGUGCAGACAAUGAAAUGGAAGCAAACUCGGGGAAAAUUCUACCCGCAACUGUCAUAUCUGGUGAAAGUUAACACUCCACGUGCUGUCAUGCUGGAAACCAGAAAGGCAUUUCGGAAAUUGCCUAAUCUCGAGUCUGCAAUUACAACAUUGAGUAACUUGAAGGGGGUAGGGACAACAAUGGCCUCAGCUCUGUUAGCAGCUGUAGCUCCAGACCAGGCUCCCUUUAUGGCAGAUGAAUGUCUAAUGGCAAUUCCUGAAAUUGAAGGAAUUGAUUACACAACGAAGGAGUACCUCAACUUUGUCCAACACAUACAGAAUGCAGUUGAAAGGCUGAAUAAAGAAAGUAAUAACGGUACCUGGAAUCCACAUCAAGUAGAACUGGCCCUAUGGACACACUAUGUUGUUUCGGAAAUGAAACCAGAGCUUCUAGAUGGGAUGCCAGGUCCACACGAAAAUGGAACUACGAAUCAUGAAGAAAAAAAUGGGGAUACUCUUAAAACACAGGACCCGGAAAAUAGUUCUGAUGAAAGCACGCAAGACUCGACUAACGGAAAAAACUUAACUGGGCCUGCUGAUGCACUGGAUGAUACUACUACAUCGUUCACAGAAGACUCACUAGACAAACCCUCAACACCAACUGUAGGACCUCUUUGUGAUGAAACAACCAAUGACUCGGUUGCUACCACAGAUUCAGGCACGAACGAUUCUGCUGCAAUUGCAACAGCAAUUGUAGCUUGUAACAACAAGAGAGGAAGCAUUUCUAAAGCAGAUACAGAGGAAGGAGAUGAGACGACUAGCAGUCUUGAAGAACCUCCUGCAAAAAAAACGAAAAUUGGAGAAGAAAAGUGACACAAGUAUAAUAUUUUCUAAUAAUUUUAUUGAAACUCAUAGUAAGACAGUGUUCCAGUCACAAAUCAUAAGUAAACUUUUCUAAUUGUAUCACAGUAUCAAGGGAAAAUGUACCAUUGUGGUUUCAUUAUCUCAGUAUACAGUAAAGUGAUUUUUUUAGUAUCUUACUAAAUAAAAUCAAAUUAGAGACUGAAGUAAAAGAAAAAGCACACAAAAACAAAACAUCUCUACCUGAGUUUCUUUCUCGUAUUGGUGUAAAAAGGAACAGUCACAUACACCGUACAUAAUGUUAGUGUCAUUUUCUCUUUCAUCAGGCAUCAGAUCGAUAGGUUUAUGUAAUGUGUAAAAUAUGGUGCAGAAAAGUGCAUGAUGAAACUCCUCAGAUAGUUUUUUAACAUUUUGAAUAUGGUGGACGUUGUGAAUGAGGUGUAAAGGAGCAGAGGAUUUUCUCCCUACUGUGCGCCAUGUGCAGAGCUGCGCGCUACUGUAUUAUUAAAAUGGAUGUGUUUUAUGUUCACUGUUGGAAACCCAUCUUAUGCAGUUGUUAACGCAUUGCAAGGAGUCGGAAAGAAAACUAUGAUGCAUGAAGAGUAGUAAUUAUUUUUGUGUGUGUACUAUACAUUCCAGCAUUCUUAGUAUUUUAUCUGCAUGUCCAUUAUUAUUAUUAUUUUUCACUCUACCAUUUCCUUUUCAGGUGAAUGUCUGAAAAAAAGCCACUUUUCAUGUUUUGUGUGUUUAAAUAGUUAAUAAUUAUUAUUAUUAUUAAAACGGUUCCUGCAGCCAGGAUGAAAUCACACAUUGCUUUUCAAUUCCGUUGUUACAUUAAAUGUUUCAUAAUGGUCUAGUCGAAAUCCUAGUUGAUGUAAAUGAACAAUUGCAAAAACAAAAUUCAUUUUCUGAUGCACCAGCUACAACCAUGUUGUCGUGAUGUUCAACAAUUACAUUACAUUGUGGAGCUGUGUGUCCUUUCCUAAAAUUUCUUUGGUUGUUCAAGUGAAUAUGAAUUUGUUAAGAGAUCAGAUAUUGAGAACCACCUGCAACAUUACACUUAAUAGACCUGCAUUACGUAUUAUAAUAUUUGAUAAAAAGGUUGUAAAUAAAUUAUUUUCAUUGGUAAUUUUACAGCAAACCAUUGCAGUUUAUACAGUUCACUUUGUGUAUUGUAAAAAUAUUGGAAGUUAAGUGAGAUAAGUAAAAUAUCACAUGUUGCCUGUGUUCUGAUACAUCUUUUUGUAUCUAAUAUCUAAAAAACUGCAAAGU